CAGACGGGCGGCGGAGUGGCAAAGCCGGGGCCGAGCGAAGCAACAACCUUCGGACAGGAAAGGAAGUGCGUCUUGUCCUCUGGCAGGGCGAGAAGAUCUUUCUCCGGGCUUCGACUGAGCCGCCCUCGGGCAGGAGAGGUAAGCGGCCGCCCGCAGACAAACUUCGAGGGAGCGAGCGAGCCCCGCCAAGCACUUCCUGAGCAGCCGAGCCAAACCGAGACGGCGCGCGCCAACAGGCAGGCCGGCCGGCGCGCGGAUGAAGACGGGACCUUAAGCCAACCCACCCCCCACCCCCCGAUGGCUCCCGUUCUCGAAGGGUCCUACGGGAGCUCAGGGAAGCCUUCGACACUAACCCCGGCUUUCUCGCCCUAAAGAAGCAGUAGAGGAGCUGAGGCCAUGCUGAGUGAAACUGAGUCCUCCGUUCAUUUAGCUCUCCAAAAAGCGUGGCUACAGUCAACUCCUUUAAACACUGUCCAGAUAUGGAAAACCCAGAGGUUGAGUCAGACUUUCUCCGAAGUGUGCAUGCCCUUCUUCGGGAACUUGAUGGCCAUCAUCCAGCCUUCCAAAGUGAGAGAGGGAUGCUGAGAUGGACCUUGCACAAGAAAAUUGACCGGAAUCCCCAAAAUGGAAUCCUCUGGAUUAAAAUUUUGGUGAAAGAACUUGAAAGAGCAGAAAGAUGUAAUCAUCAGAAGCACAUCAUCCCUCUGGUUCACACACUGAUGUAUACACUGAUCAAAGUGCCUUGUUUAUCUGAUGACCUAUAUGAGAGGGUCUAUGAUUUCUUCAAGAAGUUGCUUACUUUGCCCAAGCCUUUCUGCACUAUUGGUUUGGAUUAUGCUUGCCAAUUGAAACUAGAACGGGCAAUCCCAGGGAUAUUAUACCAAAGGAAAGUCUCUGCAGAACAAAGCCUCAAAAAUGACUCAUUCCCUUAUCAGGAUAAGAUUUUCAUGUUUGUUGAUCCAGAUUUGCUCUCUGGGGCUGUAUGCCAAGCACUAGUUGAUGAAAUCAAGGCUGCUCAAAUGUUCCAGUGUGCCAGGUCCUGCAUGAUCUAUGUGAUAGCACAUGCCUUCCAAACAGGCCUGAAGGAACAUUGUGAUAUGAGGAACUUGCAGGAAGCAUUUCAGACAAAGCCCUUAGAUGAGAUUGAACACUGUUUCCAGGAAGUGAUGGCAGCAACUGAACAUGCAGUUGAAGAAAUGAAUGUGGAAUAUAGUCAAUAUGUUGAGGCCCUUGAGAACAUCUACAGCACAUUGCUGAGUUCUUCAGACAGAAGGGUGAAGUCUUCAGUAGACAAAAGUUCAGACAUCCCUUUGCCCAACCCUAAAAUCAGUUUCCACCUAUGGACUGAUGAAGACCAACUUUGGAAAGAGCUGGUGCAGUUUCUCCGUUCACCGAGUCAGUGUGGUGAACAGGAUUCUCUCAGUCCAGGACUGGAUGGCUUCGAAUUUCAAGAUCUGGUGCCAGACUAUGACUGCUGUGAACAGAUACGUUUCUCUGUGCUCUCCAAUGACAGUGGGAUUGAGCGGGACUUGCCCCUUCUGGCUGAUGACAUGCCAACUUCCUGCAAUGCUGAGACUGAGCAUUCUCGACUCCAGAGAAAGGGUUGCAUGAAGAAAAAAUAUGCAGAUAGCAUAGCUUUGCUUCAAAGUAAUUGCAGUGGCCAAGGUGCAAAGCAGACUGGGAAACUGCACCGGAAAUCUGGUGGUAGUACCAUAGAACCAAUAGUUAAAGUGAAAAAACUGCAUACAGCUCGUAUCUUGGUGCUGGGUGAUGACAGGGUACUGGGACGCCUUGCCCAAGCCUAUCACUCUUUGAGGAAGCGAGAAAGCAGGCGGGUGUUUCUUACACAAAGGCUAAAAGUACAUUUUUAUUAUGUGCCUCUUGUUGAAGAGCAACCAACCUCUUCCCUUAUUGAGGGAGAGCCAUGUGAGUUGGCUGCCUAUCUUGGAAGAGCUGAUCCUUGGUACGAGAGCAAUAUUAAUUCCCUCUGUUACACGAUUCCAAAGCUGGCCACCAUGCUUUCCUCACCAAGCAAAUCCACACUCUCUGAAUUGUUCAUUAUUGAUGUGAUUGCAUAUUAUGUGCGUCUGGGCUUACAGCCAGUUUUCUUCCAAGUCUAUGCAGUGAAGGAUUCUCUUGUCUUUCAGAUUUUUUUUAAUAAUACUGCCUUGGACCCAGUUGAGGAUAUUUUCCUCACUGAGUUAAGAAUAAACUUUGAAGAGUUCAACACUUCCAAAGACAAUUUACCAACAAAGAAGAAACCAACAAUAGAAUUUCCUGGUGCAGAACUUACAUUAUUAUAUAAAAAGGUUUUCCUGAGUAACCGUGAAAAGGAUGAGAUACUUUCUUUGCGAUCUACAGGCCUUGUUAUAAAAACCAUUCCUUCACAUGAAUUUGAAGAUCUAGUGUGCUUGACUGUAAAUAUUGAUGAAGUCGUAAAAACCUCAGGACGAUCAUAUUCUUUAAUGACAAAUACUAUACGAAUGCGCGACAUCAGUCUCAGAAGUACAGAACAAAGAUCUUUUACUGUGUUCCUUGACAAGGAUUCCAGGCGAGCCUAUAAGAAUGUUACUAGUAUUCAAGUAUUUCCCUGCCUAGAACCUAGCUACUGUUUGCAAAAAUCAAGAACAAAACAGACCAACUUGCAAGAGGAAGAAGACGAUAUAGGACUGGCCAAAUACUUACCUAAGUCUUUACUCUUACCCAUCAAUACUUUUGCAGGCAUUAUUCGAUAAAGAAGCUGAGAAUCCCAACCUUUCAAAAUCUUUUGUUGAAUUUCAUUAGGAAUUGUUUCAGUGAAAGAGAGGUGUCAAGAUGAAAAGAAACAAGUAUUGCCAAAAGAACAAGACAGGGUUUUAGCCUGAAUAUCCCAUCCAAUAUAGGAAUGUUUUAUAGCUUUGUAAUAGCAUGUCAGGCGCAAGGAACCAGAACAACUCCACAAAUAAGCCAAAGCAGUUUAUUUAUUGUUGAUCACCUGUUUACAAGAAUCUUGCCAGACUGACUGCAUUUCCUUGAGAACCGGGGAAUAAGGGCUUCACUAGUCUGGCCUUUGUCUCUUCCUGCCACAGACUGACAUAGCACUAUUGCAUCUCUUUACUCCCCCCUGUCCUUUAACCAGUGUUCUACCACAUUGCAUGAGAUAAAGGAAAAUGAGCUCUGAUGCAAAAGAAAAUAAGGUAUGAAAUCUUUAAGCUACUAUACUGUGUUUUCUUUGAAUAGCAGUUCUUUUUUAGCAGAUGAAGAAAGAAUGGCUUUCAUUUUAUCAUGUGUAUGGUAAAUGUAAUUAAAUUCCUUACAGAGAUUUAACUGAGUUAAAUCUCAGUUGAGGUAGGUGUCGUAAAUUUAUCACAGAUAAGAUAAACUUAUUCUAUAAAAACCAUAGAUAGAUAAGCUUUGUCCCAAAAUUAAGAAUUUAGAUUCAAUACAAUAUUUGCAAUGUUUCUUUCAUUAGAAAAUAAGUGGAAGAAUGUUAAACAAAUGUGUGCAUUUGUUAAACAAAUGUGUGCAUUCUUAUCAUAUAAGAGCCAUGGUGGCGGAGUGGUCAGAAUGCAAUACUGCAGGCUAUUUCUGUUGCCUGCCAGGUGGCUGCAGUUUGGCAGUUCGAUUCUCACCGCUCAAGGUAGACUCAGCCUUCCAUCCUUCCGAGGUUGGUAAAAUGAGGACCCAGAUUGUUGGGGAAAAUAUGCUGACACUGUAAACCAUUUAGAGAAGGCUGUAAAGCACUGUGAAGCAGUAUAUAAGUCUAAGUGCUAUUGCUAUAAUGGUAGUCAAGGAAACAAGAAAAAUUGUAAAUUGUAUAGUGACUGCCUUUAUUUCUGAUUGGCACCUUUUGCUUAUCUAUGAGCUAUUCAGUACAUUCAAUACAUUUCCAGGAAGCUAAUGUUUAUUUCGGCAAGUCUUGCAUAGUAUCUCUGCUUGCUUUGGCCAUCUUGACCCCAAUUGUCUCAUAUUGCAAGAAACCUAAAUGUGUUACUUGAAUGCUCUGUUGUUAUUCAUCCCUCUUUCUCACUUCAUCCUAAAAUAAUAUCUUUGUGACCUUCUAUCCAAUUGUUUUCCCACUUUAUUGACAUCUUUUUUCUGGCCCUGGAGUUACCUUAAACCUGUUUCUCACUUAAUCAUGGGUCCCCUGGUUGUUGUUUUUUAAACAUUUUAUUCGGUUAUAAGAUAAGAUACAAAAUACAAAAGUAAAUAGGAAGGCGGGGCGGGGGGAGAAGGGGGAAGAGAAGCUAGGGCUGGGAAAAAGAAAAACAAGCAUUGACUUCAGCCUCCCUUUGUUGCAGUAAAAUAAAACGUUAACAUCAAAACACAACUUUUUGCUUUUUCAUAGUAAUACAAAUUAGCCAUUUCUGUAAACAUCUAUGGGUCCCUUGGUUUUCAUCUUGUUUUAUGUCCUGUGAUUUUCUGAGUCUCAUUUCAGUUUCUUUUCCUUUGUUCUCGUCACAUUCUGUGUCUAAAUGUGAUAAAUAUGUCCUUGAAUCAUCCCAAGUGAGUCCAUGCAAUUUUCUUGGUAAUGUUACAAAAUAGUUUGUCACUGCCUUCUUCAGGGCCUUACCUGCACCACCACACCUUUGCAGUUUUAAUCUACUCUGGAAUUCCCUGACAACCCCCUCAUCUAAAAACUGACAGGGCCAACUGCUUAGCUCUUAAUAUCAGCCAGGCUCGGCUGGCUGCUGCCAUCUACUUGUGAUUUUAUUGAGGUCUGUUACUAUACAAAUCUAUUACACAAAUUGUGAUAAUAUAUAAAACACUAUUUUGCUGCCCUAGUGAUUUUGGGUGCUGUAAUUUUAUGAAAUGCAGAUAACCCUACCUGAAUCAGGUUGCUGAAGAGUGCUUUGAUUGUGAAGUCAACAGUAGGUGACUAUCCUGAGGCACAGGUAUUAUAAAUGAAGGGAUCAUUCCUAUAUAUGAUGAACAGGAGGACUAAAUGAUCAAAGUUGAAUAGAGUUCAGGAGUAUGUUCCUGCCUCCUACAGUAUUCUUAAAAUAUUCUGUUUUUCAUUUUGCUUACUGGCCCUCAUUGGGUCUUCAGGAUAGUUUAGGAAAUAAUACUACUGGUAAAAUGAAAUGACAAAAAAUUAUAAUAAAGUAUGAAUAUCACAAAGGGAGAAAAUAAUCAUUUUAGGGAUAUUACAAAAGUUUAUCUGCUUUCUGCAGCCACUGCUAUUACAUUUUUUAUGUUGCUUACUAUUCAAACCUGAUUUAGCUAUUAAUGCACACUCUCCCUAUAUAUAAUAUGAAUAGUUUACAUGAGAGGAACAGACUGCAAGUUUUAUGCAGCAUGAUGUUCAGAGUUCUCAAAAGCAGCCUUUAUACAGUUUUGUCUUUCUGUUUUUGUAAGUAAUGGAUAGGUAUGGCCAUAGGGUUCCUUUCAAUUGCUUAAUCAUUGUAAAUAGACAAAACCUGGAAUAUGGAAGGGAUCACAUUCAACAGAGCAAUAAUACAAAUAUAUUAGGUUGAGCAAUGGCUGAUGGAAAAGCAGAUAAUAUAAAACUAAUAUUUUCAUAGCUGCUGUGAAGAUCUAUCUAUUUUUAAGAAAUAAAAGAUAGAAUUUUAAGCAUGUAUUAAAGGGUUUCCUAAAUAUGGUGCUGCAGCUAAAUGUUUACAGCCCAAAAGUUAUUAGAUUGUUUUGGCUAUUGAGUUAUUUCUGUAUUAAAUGGAGAUGUACAUUGUGUAAAUACAUUAUAAAUUAUUUGUAUAGUUAUAACAUCUGCUGGAAAGUGGCAGUCUUUAAUUUCAUUAAAUUACUUUUUAAAAAGUUUAA